CUAGCUCUCGAAAACUCGAGCAACAAUGAUGUCAUCGGCGCUAGGAAAGUACAAGCUACUGCUGCAGUAACAAAUAAUCAUGUAGCUAAGUGCUAUUACUGUGGCGUUGCUGCCCCAGCUUGAGGACCAGCACAAUGAGCUCAGCGAUCCCGCGACACCCCGACUCGUUCACACGCAGUUUGGUUAUUUGGUUGCAGGAAAAGUCCCCGUACAGUCUCCCCAUGAACUUCAGAGUACCCCUGUUUCUUUGUUUUGUCAAGAAUGUAAAACAGACUUAAAUUCUAAUGUUAUUCAGUUCUGGAAAUCUGAGGCUGUACCAGAAAUAUAUCCUGAGCACCCCACGUCUGAACAAAAAUAUUGUGAGGAAUAUUUUAAUGAAACGGUUCAACUUGUUGACAAUAAAUUUGAAGUCUCAAUGCCCUUAAAGAUUCCAAUUUACGAUGUAAACAAUACUUUAGGGAAUUCUCUAGUUCUCGCUAUGCGCAGAUUUUUGAAUUUAGAGAAAAGGCUCCAUAAAGAUGAAGCUUUGUUCAAAGAAUAUCAAAGUUUUAUUCAUGAAUACAUAGACCUUGGCCAUGCCAGCUAUGUCGAUAUUUCUAGUUACGAUUUUAACAAAGAUGCGGUAUACUUUAUGCCACAUCACCCUGUCAUACGUGAAAAUGCAGUUAGUACUCGUUUACGUACAGUAUUUGACGGAUCUAUGAAAACAACAAAUAAAAUUUCUCUGAAUGAUAUUAUGUUGAAUGGCCCUGUGGUCCAAAACGAAUUAUUCGACACUCUAUUGUUGUUCAGACUAAAUAAAUAUUUUUUCGCUUGCGAUAUUAGGCGUAUGUUUAGAAAUGUUUUAAUAGAAAAAAGUCAGAGGUCACUCCAAAAUAUAUUAUGGAGAGAUGACCCCCAUGAAUCCAUAAAAUGUUUACAAUUAAACACUAUUACUUAUGGCUUAAAAAACUCAUCUUUUUUAGCAACAAGGUGCUUAAAUGAGUUAGCUUAUAGAUUUAAAAAUGAAUAUCCUUUGGCUGUCCCAGUAAUUCUAAAUGCAACAUAUGUUGAUGACAUAUUGUAUACUCAUAAUGAUUUAAAUGUAAUAAUAGAAACAAAAAGUCAACUUUCACAAUUGUUAUCUAAAGGUAGUUUCUUCUUGCAUAAAUGGUCAGCCAACGAUUCCAGUAUUUUACAGGAUAUUCCGAAGGAACAGAGGUAUUCUGGAGAAAUUAACAUGCAAAAAGAUGUUAAAACGUUAGGGUUGAAUUUUGACGUCAAUUCAGACACUUUUAAAUUUUCCCCCCCGCCUAAGCAAUCUGUCAAGACCAAAAGAGAAAUCUUAAGUUUUAUCAGUAAAUUUUAUGACCCUCUUGGACUGAUUGGACCAAUCUUUGUGCAAGCCAAACAUAUUAUGCAAAAGCUAUGGCUGUCCAAAACAGACUGGGAUUCUAUUCCUCCGCCAGAAUUAAAUAAUAAAUGGCAAUCACUUUAUAAUGACUUAACUAACAUGUCAAGUAUUCAUAUUGAAAGGAAUACAAUGUGUAAAAGUGAACAUCAAACAUUUCAAUUAAUAGGAUUUUCAGACGCAUCCAAUGUGGCAUAUGGUUGUGCAAUUUAUGUGAGAACUAUUGACAUGCAAGGUAAAGUUCAAAUGUCACUAUUAUGCUCUAAGUCACGCAUAAAUCCCAUUGCACCUAAACAGUUAACCAUCCCACGUUUAGAAUUAAACGCUGCGCUUUUACUUGCCAAGUUAGCUUCAAAAGUAUACAAUACUAUUAGUCAGAAACAGAUAGUAAAUGAAGUUCACCUUUACACAGAUUCACAAGUCGUAUUGGCGUGGUUGAAGACCGAUCCAAUCAAAUUAAAAUCUUAUAUUGCGAAUAGAACAAAAUUAAUUACUGAAUGUACUAAUAACUUUAAUUGGUCCUAUAUACAGACAGAUAAAAAUCCUGCAGAUUGCUUGAGCAGAGGAACAAGUCCCUGCGACUUACCAAAUCACCACUUAUGGUGGUCAGGGCCUAAGGAAAUGUCAGAUUGUAAUUAUAAAUUUAAAAAUUGUACUUACCAAUUACCCGAGGACAUUCCUGAAAUUAAAUGUUCACAGAACGAGGCGGUCUGUGCGGCGGUAUCGCUGAGCUCAAAUGGGUCGUCAUUCCUUGAUAAUUUUAUUCACAAAUAUUCUGAUAUUAACAGAAUGAAACGUGUACUUGCAUAUGUCAUUAGAUUUGUAAUAAUUCUAAACCUAACUCGGCCAAAAUUAAAGAAAACUUUGUUUCCUUUGCUGAGACUAACAAUGCAUUAUCUCUGCUUAUAAAGCACGAACAGCUCAAGUAUUUUUCUAAAGAUUUAAAUGCUUUGCAAAACGGUAUGCAAGUACAAGCUUCUUUAAGAGGGCUUAACCCGUUUAUAGAUGCUCACGGUCUUCUCCGGGUAGGAGGUAGACUGCAACAUUCUGGUUUGCCAUAUAACCAAAUGCAUCAAAUUAUAUUACCUAGGCAAUCUCUAAUUACUCGUAUGAUAAUUGAAAAUGAACAUAACAAGCUUUUGCACGCAAGUCAAAAAUUAAUUUUGUCUAGUUUAAACCAACGUUAUUGGAUUGUCAAUGCUUUACGCUUAAUUAAGAGUGUAAUAUUUAAAUGUAUUACAGAAUAGACCAAAAUGGAAAGAUAACAUGCCAAAUGUAAAGAUAGGCGAUCUUGUCAUUCUGAAAGAAUUGGACACACCCCCCAUGACGUGGCCAAUGGCUAGAGUCACAAAGGUAUUUCCAGGUAGUGAUGGAAAAAUAAGAGCCAUGGAAGUUAAAAAAGCAAAUGGUAAUUAUCACAAAACUUCUAUAACUAAAGUUUGCAUAUUGCCUUUAAAUUAAAUACCUAACAAUUUAAGUAAGUUGUUAUCAGGCUCAGUCUAACUACCUAUUAUUAUUAUUACCUGUGUAUAAGGUUGUCCAGUUCUCGUAGGCCUAGAUGCUUCUCAGGUAACCUAAUUGUGCCUGAGAGGAUGCCAAGAGACUUAGGCUAAGUUAAUUAAUAAGUUUAAUUAAGUUGAAUUGUAAAACUAUUCAUUUUCCUAACUAAAUUAUAGUUAUGUCACUAAGACUGGUUACUUACCAAUUUACGUUUGUAAAAGGAACAAUUCCUAAGUUAUAUAUAAGAGUAAAUAAUCGAAUAAUAACUAUAAGAGCAAAUAAUUGAUUUCACUAUUACUAGCUGCCUAUGUAAAAAGUUCAUAAACUUAAAAUUUAAUUUACUUUACUUAAUUAUAAAUGUAAAAAAUAAAUACUAGAUACUUACAUAGGUACUUACCAGUAAUACUUACCUCAGUGGUUGUAUAACAUAAAAGUUAAAAAGGUUAAGUGAAAAACAAAAAAUAAUUGUAGUUAUGUUUAUUGUAAAAUUACAGUAACUUAUAUACUAGUAAACCAUACUUACAUAAUUGUACUUACCUUCCAAACUUAAGCUAGAUAAAUUAAAAGUACUUAUCUUCUAAACUUAACCUACUUAAAAUAAAACUAUAAAUAGAUAAUAUUAUAAAUAAUAAGUUGAAUGUGUAAUUGUAAUAGAUAGUUCAAACUAUUCUUCAUAGCACUGACAAAUGCAAAAGUUAUCGCACACAUUUGAAUCAGUUACCUAUUAAUUAUAUACUUACAGUCCAUUAUCGAAGCAUUAUCUUUUGCCUUGUUGGGAGUUAUGUUGAAAACAUAUAAAUAUAUUUAAGAUUUGUAUUUUAAAUAUGGAAACACUUUUGUAAUUACAUUCAUUCGCGGAGCUUUCGUUCUUCCCUUCUCUCAAUACAACACAAGACAAGA